CUCCGAACAACGAACUCGAACAGGACCGGGUUUCUUAUUGAACGGCUAUGGCGACUCCUCUGCAAAGAGACUUCCCCGAACUCUCUCAUUUAUCUCGUGAAGACCUUGAAGAUCUGCUUGCGGAUCCCAUCUACUUUCAGGCGAUCUUUCACUCCUUACAUCGAGUAAAGAAUCUAUACAGAGCCCAGGCGGAGCUGGGAAUGGCAAACGAAUCUAUUGCGAAGAACAAUUUAGGUCUACAACAAUCUUUGUACCACCUACGUGCAGAGACACAGGAGGCAUUCGAUGAAGCAAAGAGGUUAGAAACGAGGUGGCAGGAGUUAGAGAAGGAGCAGAAGGAGGUUUACCAGCGUUUCACGCCUCAAUUUCUUCUUAUGCGCUUGCGGCACAGCAUGACAGCUCAAGACGAGGCCUCUGAAGCGCUUGCAUCAUCUUUUGUCCAACAGCAACCCAGCCUCCCCUCCCUCCCAAGAGGAAACACUUCAGGGACUGGCACGCCAAGGGGUGGUUUAGAGGUCGAGGAGUUUAUCAAAGAGUUCAAGGAAAUGAGAAAACAGUAUCACAAGAGGGCAAUGUGGGGCGAGAAGUGGGCCAACGGUCAAGUUGCGUGGAGAGAAGAUUGAGGGCAAGAUCGCAUACCCUUCCAAUAACUUUGUGCACAUCCAUUUCCUCUUUAUAUAUUUCAAGGUCAUUGACGAA